UUUUAAAAGGAGAUUUUGGGCGGGAGGAAGAGGAAAAAAGGGUCAGCGCCAUCUUGUUUGUUUAGUGAAUCAGGGAGAAGCUGGGGGUAGUAAGUAGGUUUUAACAUCACAACCACAAAAAGGAAUACAGCAAUUGGAGAUAAACAGGUUUUCCCUCUUGCUGUGAAAAGGAGCUGGGACAAUGUUUUAUGCUCACUUUGUCCUAAGCAAGAGAGGGCCGUUAGCCAAAAUUUGGUUAGCGGCCCAUUGGGAUAAGAAACUCACCAAAGCUCAUGUGUUUGAGUGUAAUCUGGAGAGCAGUGUGGAAAGCAUCAUCUCCCCCAAGGUCAAAAUGGCCCUGAGGACCUCGGGUCACCUUCUCUUGGGGGUUGUAAGAAUCUACCACAGGAAAGCCAAAUACCUCCUUGCAGAUUGUAAUGAAGCAUUUAUCAAGAUCAAAAUGGCUUUUCGUCCAGGUGUGGUGGAUUUGCCUGAAGAAAACAGAGAGGCAGCCUACAAUGCAAUCACACUGCCUGAAGAAUUCCAUGAUUUCGACCAGCCCUUACCGGAUUUAGAUGAUAUUGACGUUGCACAGCAGUUUACACUGAACCAGAGCAGAGUGGAAGAAAUCACCAUGAGAGAGGAAGUGGGAACUGUGAAUCUCUUGCAAGAAAAUGACUUUGCUGACUUUGGUAUGGAUGAUCGGGAAAUGAUGCGAGAAGAAAGUGCAUUUGAAGUUGACAUAAUAGGCACUUCCUCCAAUCUUCUGCUUGAGCCUGAGCCCAACAUAAGUCAGCUGAACGAUAAGACAAACCACCUGGAAUAUGAUGAUCAGUAUAAAGACGACACCUUUGGAGACAAUCCCAUGGAUACUAAUGAUGGCGGGAUCUUGGUUGACAAACUUCUGAAUGAAGACGGAGGUAUUUUUGACGACCCUCCUGCUAUGACAGAAAGUGUGAUGAUGCCCCAAGAACAUGCACAUGAUGAUGAUGAUUUUGAUAUGUCACCUGGGGGUCCUGAUAGUCCAGACUCCGUGGAUCCAGUUGAGCCCCUGCCAACUAUGACUGACCAGACAACUCUAGUACCCAAUGAAGAGGAAGCUUUUGCUCUAGAACCCAUUGAUAUCACGGUUAAAGAGACCAAAGCUAAGAGGAAGAGGAAACUGAUUGUGGACAGUGUAAAGGAACUGGACAGCAAAUCCAUCCGUGCACAGCUCAGCGAUUACUCCGACAUUGUCACAACACUUGACCUUGCUCCUCCAACCAAGAAGCUUAUGAUGUGGAAGGAGACUGGUGGUGUUGAGAAGCUGUUCUCGCUGCCUGCACAGCCAUUGUGGAAUUGCAGGCUACUUAAGAUGUUUACACGCUGCCUUACUCCACUGGUACCAGAUGAAUUGAGAAAGAGGAGAAAGGGUGGGGAAGCGGACAGUCUGGAUGAAUUCCUCAAGGAGUUUGAGAAUCCAGAGGUGCAAAGAGAAGAGCAACUGCAGCAACGAGACAUCAUUGACCAGACUAUUUUGGAAGAACCAAGCCGUCUGCAGGACUCUGUGAUGGAGGGCAGCAGGACCACCCUUGAUGAGUCUGUUCUGCCACCACCCUCACAACAAAGAGGACAGAAGCGCAAAUCUGAGUCUGAGCCAGCCCUACCUCUUGGUGCUCUCGAACAACAGCCAGAACUACUGCAGCAACCACCACAGCUAGAGAUCCCACCUGUGGUGCUCCCCCCAGAGGAGCAACAGAACAUCACUGACCUGAUCCCUGAGCUGGACAUCCUGAUGGAAAAGGGGAAAGAGAAAGGGAAGGAUGACGAGGAGGAGGAGGAGGAAGAGGUUCAAGGAGGUGACCAGGACCAAGAGGAAAGAAGAUGGAACAAGAGAACUCAGCAGAUGCUUCAUGGUUUACAGAGAGCUUUGGCGAAAACAGGAGCCGAAUCAAUCAGUCUUCUCGAGCUGUGUCGAAACAACAACAAAAAACAAGCGGCAGCAAAAUUCUACAGCUUUUUGGUACUUAAAAAGCAGCAGGCCAUUGAGCUCACACAAGAAGAACCUUACAGUGAUAUCGUCGCCACACCAGGACCAAGAUUCCAUAUUAUAUAAAAGUAUAAUUCUUUAUGGCUAGUACAUUUCACACUAGGAGCAUUUGCCCUGUAUGAAGGGUUCCUCCAGGUCAUUGCAGAUUUAAUAAGGUUAUUUUAUUUGUUUGUAUAAAGUUUUGUUUUUUGUUUUUUUCUAUUUUUUAUUUGAUUUCAUCUCUGUUAAACGUGUCUGAGUAUUGGAUAGGGAAGUUUUUUUUUUUUUUUCAAAUGAAGAUGGUCAGUGAGUAAAACUGUUCUUUGUGUUUUGUUUUGUAGCUCAGAUGGAGUGUGCAAUAUUGGGAUUUUAAAACAAUAAUUAAAGGUGGUUGUCAAUAAGGCCUGGAUCAUGGCUGGCUUAAACAACAUUUCUGCCUAGUCAGUUCACAUAGUUGAUCAUAGUAUUAAACGUACCUUGGUUAUGGAACCUAGCUUUAACAUUGUCCUUCAUGGUUAAUGAAGACACAAACGCUUAUCUAUGCAGAAGACAAGCGCUGUGUUUCAUAGUUACACAUUCAAGAAGACUUAUUUAAGUAGCAUUUUUUUUUGUUUGUUUUGUUUCUAAUAUUGCAUUCUCCAUAUAAACUCCUUGUCAGCAGUGUUUCGUGGUGUUUUUUAAAUACAUAUUUUAAAAGUACUUUAUUUUAAAGCAAGCAGCAAAUUUUUAUUAAGAGGAAAAACAUACAUUGUAAAGUGCCAUUUAAUAUUUCCACAAUUUGAAAGUUAAAUACUUUAAGUGAAGGUUCUUUCUUGGCAUUUGCACUUACCUUUUUAAAUUUUUUUUUUUUUUGAUAAUCAACUCUUAUCAUUUAAUGGUAGCAGUUUCAAAUUAGAACCCACAAAUGUAUGAAAAUCCUUUAGGUGGAAUUGUUUUCCAUGUAAUGUUUUAUAAAGUACUUUUUUGUAAUAAUUGAACACAUCAUGCAGCUUUUGAAUUGUAAACAAUGUCCCCCCUGUUGUAAAACAAAACAAGUGAAAAGAACAUGUAGAUACUGCUAAUUAUGGAAAGGAUAGUCAUUUGCGAGUGUGACAGAACUGUUUUGGUAGAUGGAGUUGUUUUAAUGCUUAUUUAGUUCUCAACUUACUGUUUCUAAAAUAGCGGCUGUGUUAUGUAUAACUUUUCUAAUAAAAAAAAUCUUAAAUCCA